GAUCCAUCUCUCUCUCUCUUCUCUACACUUCUUCUCCCUCUCUUUAAACCAGAACUUUACGGUACAUCACUGUGAUUUUUCCAUAAACUAAAGUUCCUUUUCUUCUUUUUUUCCUUUCGCCGGAGAUUAUGGGAGGCUGUACCUCCAAACCCUCCACCUCCGGCAGACCUAGUAACCCUUUCUUUCCCGGAAACGACUAUCCCCAAAUUAACGAUUUUGCCCCUACCGAUCCCGAUAAAUCACCACUCCCUACCCCUUCCGCCGCAAAGGCCUCUCCUUUCUUCCCCUUCUACACUCCAAGCCCUGCUCGCCACCGCCGCAACAAGAGCCGUGAUGUCGGCGGCGGAGGCGGAGGAGAGAGCAAGAGCGUUACCAGCACACCGCUACGUCAAUUGCGGCGUGCUUUUCACCCUCCGUCUCCGGCUAAACACAUCCGGGCGGCGCUACGGCGGAGGAAGGGCAAAAAGGAGGCAGCUUUAUCGUCGGCGACGCAGCCUGCGACGGAGAUACCGCCGCAUGAGGAGGAAGAGGAAUUAGGGCUUGACAAAAGAUUUGGUUUUUCGAAGGAUUUUCACAGUAGAGUAGAAUUAGGGGAAGAGAUUGGACGAGGGCAUUUUGGGUACACUUGCUCUGCUAAAUUCAAGAAAGGAGAGCACAAAGGUCAAGUGGUUGCUGUUAAGAUCAUCCCAAAAUCAAAGAUGACAACUGCAAUUGCCAUAGAAGAUGUUAGAAGGGAAGUGAAAAUUCUACAGGCUUUAUCUGGACAUAAGAAUCUGGUUCAAUUCUAUGAUGCAUUCGAGGACAAUGCUAACGUCUACAUUGCUAUGGAGCUAUGUGAAGGUGGUGAACUACUUGACAGAAUACUAGCAAGGGGAGGGAAAUACUCAGAGAAUGAUGCAAAACCAGUGGUUAUACAGAUCUUAAGUGUUGUUGCUUUCUGUCAUCUCCAAGGAGUUGUUCAUCGAGAUCUUAAACCAGAGAACUUCUUGUACACUUCCAAGGAGGAGAAUUCUCAGCUGAAAGCCAUAGACUUUGGCUUAUCAGAUUUUGUCAGACCAGAUGAAAGACUCAACGACAUAGUGGGAAGUGCGUACUAUGUAGCUCCUGAAGUUCUACACAGAUCAUAUACAACAGAAGCUGAUGUAUGGAGCAUUGGAGUCAUAGCAUACAUUCUACUAUGUGGUAGCCGUCCGUUUUGGGCAAGAACCGAAUCCGGAAUCUUCAGAGCGGUUCUUAAAGCUGACCCGAGUUUUGAUGAAGCGCCUUGGCCCUUCUUGUCUGCUGAAGCUAAAGACUUUGUUAAGCGGUUAUUGUAUAAAGAUCCUCGGAGAAGAAUGUCAGCCUCCCAAGCCUUGAUGCAUCCUUGGAUCCGGGGUUAUAGUACCGACAUGAAUAUCCCGUUCGAUAUUCUGAUCUUUAGGCAGAUAAAGGCCUACUUGCGAUCUUCUUCAUUGCGCAAAGCUGCUCUAAGGGCCCUGUCCAAGACGCUGAUCACAGAUGAAAUUAUUUACCUGAAAACUCAAUUUUCUCUCCUCGCACCAAACAAAGAUGGACUCAUCACUUUGGAAAACAUUAGAUUGGCACUUUCAAGCAAUGCAACAGAGGCAAUGAAGGAAUCUCGAAUCCCAGAGUUUCUUGCUUUGCUAAAUGGACUUCAAUACAGAGGAAUGGAUUUCGAAGAGUUUUGUGCAGCUGCCUUAAACGUUCAUCAGCAUGAGUCGCUUGAUUGUUGGGAACAGAGCAUUCGUCAUGCUUAUGAGCUUUUCGACAAGAAUGGGAACAGAGCUAUUGUCAUUGAAGAACUUGCCUCUGAACUUGGUGUUGGACCAUCGAUACCCGUACAUUCGGUUCUACAUGAUUGGAUAAGACACACAGAUGGGAAACUAAGCUUCUUCGGGUUUGCUAAACUGUUACAUGGAGUCUCUGUUCGACCCUCGGUGAAAACGACACGGUGAAGAUAAUGAAACAAACAUGACAAAGCUAAAUCUGAUAAAAGAGAGGAUGUCAAGAACUUUACUCUGAUUCUUGGAUCAGUAGUGAGAGGAAGUGUAAAAGGAACAUAAAAUUUCAUACAAGAGCAAUUCUACGAAAAAAUUGUUGCAAUAGAAUAGUAACCACAGUGACUCUCAUUCUCUAAUGUGAAAUCAAGAGAAAGAAAAAGAGGGAAUUUAAACAUAAACAUUCUCUUACUUCUUAAAAAGAUCAUUUGAUGAAAAA